GUAUGUGUGUGUGUGUGUGUGUGUGUGUGUGUAGUCUUCCAUACUGAUGAGAGCCGCGAAUGUCAUGCGCGCGCUCUCGUUGACGUAGCGAAAAAAAAAGAAAAGAAAGAAAAAAAGGAAAAAAAAAGCGCUGCCGCGUGCGUCGCCACUCCGUUUCCAUAGCGCGCGCGUCUUGCGCAAUGUGACGGAUUGACGGUCCGCACGGUCAGAAGCCCCGUCGCGUCGUGUAGUGGAUGCUGCUGUUGCUAGGAGCGGGAGAGGGACUUUUAUCUACCCCGUUCGUUUGUGCGGUUACACGCUACCGUCCAGAAAUAAACCGCGGUGCACGCGCCAUUCUGUCGCGUCACGAGCCGAACCGUCUCCGUCAUCCGUGCCGGAGGAAAAGUCGCUCUCCGGAUGUGAUUGUGGGAAAAAAAGAACAACUUCGGAUGUCGCGAGCGCACUGGUGCUCGGCGAGAGGGCGAGCUUUGGGCAGACAGACGGACAGACACCGUGCGAACGCUGGAGAAGGAAUAACACCGACGCUCGGAAUUGCAAUCACAGCUCGGUAAUCGGCGAUCUGCCGCCGAGGCGUGCUCGGCAUCACGCUCGUGUGUGUGUGUGUGUGUGUGUGUGUGUGUGUGUGUGAGUGAAUCAGAAGCUUUCCGCCGUUAUUCGACGCUGAACUAGAUUACUCGUGCGGCUUGUCAUCAGCUGGCAUCACAGCAGAUCUGGGCUAGCCUCUACAUCAUACCGCUGCUAGGCUACAUAUGGCACACCCGCCUUUGAUGUGACGGCGGUUUGGGUCACAUGUGCAACAAUAACAACAAACAAACAAACAAAAAAAUUAAAAACACCCCGGUCCGAUUGAUUGAUUGAUUGUUUUUGAGACCGAGUGGAGACCGCGCGCGCCGUGAUCAGCGCGCGCCGUGCGUUCAACCCGUCCACCAGUGUCCAGAGCGCAAAUCAAUCGGCGCGUGAGCUCUGUGAGGCUGCUGUGUGUGAUCCCUCCACCAGCUCUUCUCCACCAGGAAACACUUCUCUCGUUUCGACCAGAUAUGCGGAGAUGCAAGUAAAGAUGGAUGGGAUUAUCAGCAUUUUGGGGCUUAUUACGCUGAUCCUGGACGGCAUUUCCGCUGAGGGAGUGUACGCACCCCCUACUGUCCGGAUCGUGCACUCAGGCCAUGCAUGUAACGUGGAGGAGGAGCGCUACACAGAGAGGGUGUACACUAUCCGGGAGGGUGAGACCCUGGAGCUCACAUGUCUGGUGACUGGACACCCACGGCCACAGAUUCGAUGGACUAAGACAGCAGGCAGCGUGUCAGACCGUUUUCAGGAUUCAAGUGUCUUUAAUGAGACACUUCACAUCGCGAAGAUCCAGCGGCACCAAGGUGGACGCUAUUACUGCAAGGCUGAAAAUGGCCUCGGCUCGCCAGCAAUUAAGUCUAUCAGAGUGGAUGUCUACUACCUGGAUGACCCAGUCGUCACGGUUCAUCAGAGUAUAGGUGAAGCCAAAGAGCAGUUCUACUACGAGAGGACAGUUUUCCUCCGCUGCGUGGCCAAUUCCAACCCUCCAGUGCGCUACAGCUGGCACAGGGGCCGAGAUGUUCUGUCUCAAGGCUCAGAUAAGGGUGUGGAGAUCUACGAGCCCUUCUUUACACAGGGGGAAACAAAGAUCCUGAAGCUGAAGAACCUGAGGCCUAAAGACUACGCGAACUACAGCUGCAUCGCCUCUGUCCGGAACGUGUGCGGCAUUCCUGACCGUAGGGUCAUCUUCAGACUCACCAAUAAAACAGCCUCCCCAUCCAUCAAGCUACUGGUGGAAGAUCCAAUUGUGGUGAAUCCUGGACAGACAGUUUCUCUGGUGUGUAUUUCCACGGGUGGUGAACCUCCACCCAUGUUGACAUGGACCAGUGUCUCAGAGCACCUCCCUGAGAAAAGUGUUUUGAAGGACGGCACGUUAACGCUACCGGCCAUCUCUUCUGAAGACGCCGGCGUCUAUAGCUGCAUCGCCAGCAACAACGUAGGAAACCCAGCCAAAAAGUCCACCACCAUUAUUGUCCGAGCGCUGAAAAAGGGCCGCUUUUGGAUCACGCCUGACCCGUACCACAACGACGACAACAUUCAGAUCGGCCGUGAAGUGAAGAUCUCAUGCCAGGUGGAGGCGACGCCCCCUGAGGAGCUGCAGUUCAGCUGGCUGAAGAACGGCCGAGCUCUGCGCAGUUCUGAACGCAUGGUCAUUACCCAGACUGACCCUGACAUCUCCCCAGGAACCACCAAUCUGGACAUCAUCGAUCUGAAGUUCACCGACUUUGGCACCUACACGUGCGUGGCGUCUCUCAGAGGUGGCGGCAUCCCAGAGAUCAGCAUCGACGUUAACAUCUCUUCCACCACUGUUCCUCCCAAUCUGACCGUGCCACGGGGCAAGUCCCCACUGGUGGUGCGGGAAGGAGAGACGGUGGAGCUGGAGUGCCUUGUUUCAGGAAAGCCCAAGCCCAUCAUCCUGUGGUCACGGGCUGAUAAAGAGGUACCGAUGCCAGAUGGAAACAUGCAGAUGGAAAGCUAUGAUGGUGUGCUGCGCAUCGUCAACGUGUCUCGUGAGAUGAGUGGCUCCUACCGCUGCCAGACCAGCCAGUACAACGGCUUCAACGUCAAACCUCGGGAAGCCUUGGUGGAGCUCAUAGUGCAAUACCCUCCAGCUGUGGAGCCUGUGUCGUUGGAAGUUCGUCAGGGUCUGAGCCGGCCAGUACCAAUGACCUGUCGUGUGCUGCGUGCUCACCCUUCACGUGUGUUGCGGUACGAGUGGCGUCUGGGCUCCCGCUUGCUGCAUGCGGGCCACUUUGACACAAGCGAUGAAACUGAGUACUCCGUGCGCAGUCUCAGCCGCGAUGGCUACGGAGAGUACACGUGUGACAUCAUCAACGAGGCUGGAGCUGGCCGCUGCACCUUCCUCGUCACUGGAAAAGCUUAUGCUCCAGAGUUCUACUACGACACCUAUAGUCCGCUCUGGCAGAACCGACCCCGAGUUUAUGGCUAUAAGCUGCAGUGGACUCAGAUGAACCCAGACACAGUGGACCGUAUCAUGGCUUAUCGUCUUGGCAUACGACAGACCGGGCAGCCGAGAUGGUGGGAGCAGGAGAUCCCUGUAGAAGGCCCCAUUCAGAAGGGAGAGCUCAUUACCUAUAACUUGACAGAACUCAUCAGACCCGAGGCCUAUGAAGUGCGCCUGACCCCCAUCACCCGCUUCGGUGAAGGAGACUCCGCCAUCAGGAUGGUGACCUACAGUGCUCCCAUUAACCCGCAUCUGAGGGAAUUCCAGUGCAGCUUUGAAGAGGAGCCUAUUUGCAUGUUUACUCAGGACAAGAAUGACAACUUUGACUGGACAAGACAUAGCGCCGCUACACGCGACACUAAAUACACUCCCAAUACAGGACCCAGUGGAGACCGCAGCGGCUCCAAACAAGGUUUCUAUAUGUAUAUCGAGACCUCCAGACCCCGUAAAGAAGGCGACAAGGCCCGUUUGCUGAGCCCCACCUUCAACGUGGCGCCUAAAAAUCCCUACGGCAUCACCAACCCUCCAGCAUACUGCUUUGGCUUUUAUUACCACAUGUACGGGAAACAUAUCGGCACUCUGAAUGCAUUUAUGAAGCAGAAAGGUCAAGCUACUUCGGAUGCUAGUCCAGUCUGGUCACUCAGUGGGAAUCAGGGUGAACGGUGGAAACAGGCCAAAAUUAGCAUCCAUCCCACUGCCUCCUUUCAGGUGAUCUUUGAAGGCAUACGAGGUCCAGGGAUCGAGGGGGACAUUGCCAUUGAUGAUGUCACUCUAGAAGAGGGGGAGUGUCCUGACCCUCCAUCCAAUCAUAUCAGAUCGAAGGCUCCAUUCCAAGUGACACAUAUAUGGCCGUUAUGCCCCGCCCUGGCUUUCACACUGUUUCAAGGUCUUAGGUGACCACCUCGCUGGGUGGAGACUGGUGGCGCUGUCUGAGGCCGCGAUCCCGUACACUCAAUAUAAUCACCAAAGAUUCACUUUUUCAGAUGACUAAGAGGGAAACAGCACUGUCUCAAUAUGGAUUAUCAGACAUAAAAUCAUGAAAAAUGGAGAAAAAAAAAUGUACACAAAAAAAAGUAAUAAGGAUUUGAUAUAUCUACUGAAAACAAUCUGCAAACUAUUUUGCUCCCAAGGACUUGGAUGAGAGCAGCUUACUGAUGGAGUAGCAUGAGGCAGGGCUCAUGUGAAGGGCUCCUACGCAGAUCUGAGGACAGUUUGUAAAGCACAAGGACAACUUUGCCAGCUGGCAGUUAAAAAAAAAAACAGAAUAAAAAAAAAAAACUCAUUAUAAAGGUGGGGAAAUGACGGGUGAUGGCAGUCUCCACCAGCUCUUUACUAUGAACACCUUUCAGUGUCUCAUCCUUCCUGUCCUUCAUUAUAUAUUCCGAUCUUAUUAGCUUUUUUUUCUCCACAUCCGGCCCUGACACACACAUGAUUUAACUUUCUUUUGGCUUGGUGCUUUAGAACACAUAUGAAAAACUAUGGCAAAAAAGAAAUACUCAUAUCUGCUUUAUAUCCCAACCUGGAUAGUGGCCUGUUUUGAUUUCCAACACUGUGCUCACAUCCCCUAGUGGCAGGCCAGGGGUAGGAGACCAGGCCAAAGGAGCUAAUUAGCACCUGAUGAAGGAGAGCAGAAGAGAAGAAGUGCAGAAGCCUGAGGUGGAAGGCCAUGGAGGAAUACAAGAACAAGUUAAGAAAAUUGCUCCUCUUUUCUCUUUGGCAAGAACAUUAACAACUUUGGAGCCACUUUUUGCCAUGAAAUACAAAGUGCCUUCCGAUUAUGAGCAGAAUUGCGAGCCUGGCCAUUAACACCAAACGUGUAACGUAAAUAUUUCUAACGUCACCGUUGGGCUAUUUUGUACGAUUAUUUUGCUCCUUCAAGUGCUGAUUUGAAUGGUGGUGGAGGUGGAAGAUGGUUCCAGAAGUCAGCACAAAGACAUGCGUGUAAUUUGCAGAUUAAACACAGCUAGCUAUGUUCUCUACCGUAAGAGCAGAAACGUCUUUGACUGCACUCAGUGUCACAUAGCUGUUGUGCUGUCUUCAGAACUGGCAGGAUACUGCGCUGUUGGUUGGAAAGGUACAUGGAGACAUAGUCUACCUGCCAUGUCACUGCUUAAUACAGACUCCCAUCAAGUGGGCCUUAGAACAGUAAGAGAUAAAAACAACACCAUGGAGGUGAAAGCAAGUGGCAGAGCCUGCACAGGGCAAGGCCUACUAUCCCUACCCACACCUCUGCCAUUUAUAUUGAACAGUGUGCAUUCUGAAAGAAAAAAAAAAAAAAGAUGAUAUUAAUAACAAAAUAUUUUAUUACACUAGCGAGAAUGUUUCUCUGAUUUUACACAAACUGUGAAAAUAAACUGUGGAAGAAAUUUACCUGAAAGUAACCGUAACCAGCUGGUUUUUAAAAACAUAUUCUAAAAAAAAAAAAAAAAAAAAAAAAAAAACAAACAAAAAAAAACCAAUGAAAGAAAGAAAAGAACAUUUACGUAUAUUGUUGGUUAUGAAUAAUGUUUUGAGGAGGUGUGUCUUGUUUCUUAAUUUUUAUGUUAAAGCUGUUAUGACUUUUUCGCUUUCUUUAAUUCUUGUUGUCUCCCUUGCAUCGCUGAAAUAUCCAAAUGGUUGGAAACAUAUUGAAUAAGUUGGUUUGGUAAAUGUAAACAAACCUGUAUAUGUAAAGAAGCUCUGUUAAUCAAGGUUUAUAUGAAAUGUUUAUGUAUGAAUACAGGAAGCACAAUAUUUAAGGUUCCACAUUAAAAGGCAGUUUUAAUUCAUGUAUGUGACUUUCUAUUCGCAAAGCCAAGAAUAUGAAAUUUGCGGAUGUAAUUUUUCUAUUUGAAUUUCCUCUUGUCUUACCAGAAGAAACCUUUUUAUUAAAAAAAAAAAAACAUUCAAAAUAUCACUAGUAUUCGGUCAUCAGUAUGUCUUGAAAGAAGGCUGUUCUAAACCUUCCAUCUUGGCUUUCAUCUUCGGUCAUAAGUUAGGGAGAAUUUGAACGCAGAAGCAAAGUACUGGACAAAACGUACUGAUAUCAUUCGAGACCUUCAUAGUCUUGGUUUUGUCAGUGUAGGUCACAUAGAUGUCCUGGUAUAUGCAGUGUAAAAUAGGUGUGCUAGGAACCAGAUACAAUACAUGUUGACGAUGUGACCAAACCAGAGCACAAUGACUGACAGUCAUUACAGGACAUAUGAAUACUGCUUUCAUUUACAUUUACAGAAUUCGGCGAACACCCUUAUCCAGAGCAACGUAUGGAAGUGUUCUGUAGUCUCCAUAAAAACAAAAAAAAAAUGUCCUCAUACUAGUACAAAUAGGUCAGGGUCUAAGAAUACUAUUAAGCUAAAACAUUUAGUUGAUGGCCUAUACAGGCCAUUAUAGAGCUCAGGUCAGUUUGCAGUGUUAUUCCAAGCAUUAUUUAUUUUUAGCAUCAGAUAAGAAUAAUUCAAAAUGUACAAGCGCCAACUGACCAAAUUACACCCCAAUAACAUAACCAUUAAAGGCUAUUGUUAGAGCAAGACAACCUAAAGUUGUCAGACACAUAUUACAAAUAAUAGACAGUUGUGUGAACUUACAAACUGAAAUGAAUUUAGUAAUUGGUCUUACCUCAAUAUAUAAUUAUAUAGUCAUAUUAUUAUUAUCAUUAUUAUUAUUAUUAAAUGAUAUUCUUACCUCUCAUUAUUUCAGCGGUAUUUUGGCAACGUGUGACUCCUCUGCUCGUUUUAUUUGUAUUAAUUAUAUCAACACCGUUCCUACAUGGCCUUUCCUUUACAUAAUCCAUGCACACGUAUAAUAAUUAAAGAGUUUAAUAAUGUCUGCUUCCUAUUUGUUCUUGUGUUUGUUGUAUAUAUGUGUACAAAUACAUGUAAAAAAAAAUAAUAAAAUAAAAAUAACAAAUGGUUUCAUGUUAUGAAUAAAAGUCCAGUUGUUUCCAAUGUCAAAAUUCAUAGAGGGAAAAAGAAGAAAAAAAAAAUGUUAAGGGCCAUUUCAAUCUCAUUGAGUGUUAAAGCCAGGGCAUAUGGAAGGCGGAGCUAGCCAAGAUAUGGAUUCGUUAUUUCUUGUAGAACCCCAGUCUCAAAUCUGAGCCAAGAUAGUGGUCCAGAAACCUGUUACCUUAAUGCUGCUUCCACAAUCCCAUUUAAAAACACUUCAAAAUCCGUUUCAGAUUCACAGAUUUGGCAUCGCGUCAAAGUUGAAAUGUUCUUAAAAUUGCCUCCUCGUAUUAUUGAUGUUUAAAUGAUAGCUAUUUAGAUAAUAUCCAAAAUGUUCACUGAUUUAUCUCUCAGCACAGAUAAAAUAACAUUAUAACACUUUGUAAAUUAGCAUGUUUUCCCCUUAAACACCUGGCUAUAAAGCACUGUGUGUAUCUCAGUACUUCACCUAAUGAUACCAAGUUGUUUUCAUAGCUUAAAUAUCUGCCAUCAACAGAAGGGCUUUUAAAAUAAUAUUAUUUAAAUUCUGUGGCUCACGCCUAGGCAAAUAAUGCUAAUUCACAGCUAUUAAUACUGAUAGUGUGCCCUGGUCCUCUAUUGCCUCCAUUUGUGUACUCUCCCCAAACAUAUUACAAGCGACUAAAUGAAAAGUUUCAGAGUGUAUUGACUCCAGGCCAACUUCCUGUACUGACAUACCAUCAUUGUACUCUGCUUUGUGCUCUGUUUAGGCUUCCUUUCACUGUAUUUUUAUUUUUUAUUUUUGGAUUUAUUACUGAUUCUUUGUGCCAUCCCUACAACUAAUGAUAAAACAAUAAUAAUAAAAAAAAGCAGGUAU